AGUGGGCAGAAGUCGGAGGGUGGAGGGGGGUAGGUUCGGGCUUGGCUGGUUGCUAUGCGACGGGGCGGCGGGAGCGCUGGCUGGAUUCUAGGUACCAGUGGGAAGCGGUGGCUACGUCACCGUCCCACUGCGCCUUUCCCGGCUCUGUGAUUGGAGGAGACGCCGAAAGCUCCAAGCCUCGGGUGCCUCUUCCUGACUGGAAGCUGGGGCACUGGGGAGGGUGAAACCCCCGGCCACUGAUUAGUGGGGGAGGAGGGGUGAAAGUGUGUGGGAGCUGGUUUUCUAAGGCAAGUCCAGGGAAACGGGGCCCCAGCACCUCCCUCAACUCCAGGGACAGGACAGAGAUCCUUUCUGCCAACAGAUGUCUUUCUGCUUGACUGAAUUGCACCUCUGGUCUUUAAAGAAUACUUUACAUAUUGAAGACAGAGACAUUGGGAUAUACCAGUAUUAUGACAAGAAAGAAUCAGUUUUACCAACAGAUCAUGGUUACUUAGAAGAAAAGCAACAAUUGGCAGAAUCACGAGAUUAUCCUUGGAUACUGAAGAAUCGACGGCCAGAAAAACUUAGAGAUACGCUCAAGGAGUUGGAGGAACUGAUGCAAAACAGUCGAUGUGUGUUGAGCAAAUGGAAGAACAAAUAUGUCUGUCAGCUUCUUUUUGGUCCAGGUGUGCUGGUGUCCCUAAGCCUUUCUGGGCCACAGCUGGAAAAAGUGGUGAUUGACAGAACCCUGGUGGGGAAGCUCAUCUCCGACACCAUCAGUGAUGCUAUUCUCACAGACAGUUUUAUCAUCUUGUCAUUUUUGGAACAAAAUAAAUUGUGCUAUAUUCAAUUCACUAAGAAGUUGGAUUCCCCUGAUAUAAACAAAAGAUUCGAAAAACUCUCCAAUUCAGAGUAUAAGAUAUCCUACCUGGAAAUACCUGGCCCAAUCACUCGGAGAUUAGUACGUCACCUAGCUAUCAAUUGUAUUCAAGACAUGGCCAUUUGUUGGUGGGAAAUAGCAAGUGAUGAUGUGUGGCCUUGGUCUCCUAUUUCUAGUGAAAAGGACAGAGCCAAUCUAUUGUUACUAGCUUGUAACCAUGGAAGACUGGAGGUUCUGAGUUUCAUCCGUACAGACUGGAAUCUACUUGAUGCUAGCUUUAGCACUAAUCAGCCUUAUCAGGUGCACACAGUAGAGCACUCCAUCAGUGUAGACAAAGAGCCCAUGGCUGACAGCUGCAUUUAUGAGUGUGUUCGCAACAAAAUCCACUGUGUAACAGUCACCAGAAUACCACUACAAUCAAAGGCCAUCAGCUGCUGCAGGAAUGUUGCUGAAGACAAACUAAUUCUAGGCUGCGAAGAUUCUUCCAUCAUUCUCUAUGAAGCCCACCGAAGAGUGACUCUGUUGGCUCAGGCUGAAGUUUUGCCCACAUUCAUUAGUUGUCACCCAGGCGGGGCUGUCCUCCUGGUUGGCAGUUCCCAAGGGGAUUUGCAGGUUUUUGAUACAGCACUGUCACCCAUCAAAAUACAGCUUUUGGCCGAAGACUGCUCACCAAAGAAAACCCUCCAACUUAGUAAACAUUUCGAUGUCUCCAGCAGCCUUCUUCACAUGCAGUGGACAGCUCCUCAGUUUGUACCUCAGACUCCUAAUAGUACUGACAUUCAUGAUCUCCUGUUCCUUAGGUUUGACAGAGGACCCCUGGGUAUACUUCUGUUUAAACUAGGAAUCUUCACAAAAGGACAGCUGAGUCUUGUAGACCUCAUCCACCAAUAUAUUCGUUAUGAGGAGAUAAAUGAAGCGAUAAGUGUCCUAAACAGCAUGAACUGGAAUACUAUGGGUCAUCAGUGUUACAUGAGCAUGAGCGCCAUUGUAAACCAUCUUCUUAGACAACGGCUAACACCAGAAAGAGAAGCACAGCUUGAGGCAAGCCUUGGAUCCUUCUAUGCUCCAACAAGACCCCUCUCCGAUACAACUAUAUUGGAAUAUAGAGACCCAAUCAGCAAAUACGCAAGGAGGUUCUUCCACCACUUGCUCAGGUACCAGAGAUUUGAAAAGGCCUUUCUCCUUGCUGUUGAUAUUGGUGCCCGGGACCUGUUUAUGGACAUCCAUUACUUUGCAAUAGAUAAGGGUGAAUUGGCGCUAGCUGAAGUGGCAAAGAAACGAGCUAACGACAUUGAUGCAGAAUCAAUAACUACUGGAGUUGAACUCCUGGGACCAUUGGACGGAGGGGACAUGCUAAAUGAAGCAUUCCUUGGCCUGUCUUUAGCACCUCAAGGUGAAGAAACAUUUCCAUGUGGUCUUCCUCCUUCUGGCUCAAGCCACAGACAUAUAUCACAACAAACAGCAUUGACUCAUUCUUCAAACAGACCUAAAUACAACAGACCAGCACCUAAUAAGGAGAGUAAACUUGAGAAGGACAUCUAUACCUCACCCUCGAUGGAAAAGACGUCAGCCUGGAAUUCAGAAGGAGAACUGGGAGAAGACUACACAGAAGAGGAAAUUGGAGAUGAUGGUUCUCUGAGAAUGGUUCACUUCGGUUUGGUGUAACAAAGAAAAAGGAAUCUUUCAUUUGAUGUCUAUAAUUUUAUUCCUAAAUGUGCCCAAAUUAACACAUACAUAACAUGUAUACCUACUUCCAUUUUCAGUAGGUUUCUCACAUAUAUCAAUCAUCAGCCACCACUUCUAGACAUCCCUUACCCAAGUAAAUGACUUUACUUCUAGAUGACCUGCUGUUUCUAAAUGCCACAGAUACUGUGUGAGAAGAACCGUAAAGAGGAAAGGCCACAGAUAGUAACAUACUUAAAGCAAUCACUAAGGCCAUUGUUUAGUAAGUUGUCUGUACUGGAUACUGAUCUAGUCACCCAAAGAAUGGGAUGGAGCAAAUGGGUGCAUAUAGCUUCACAUUUAUUAGUCAAAAAGGAAUCAUAAAACAACAGAUUUAUUUUAACCAUGAACAAACUAAACAUAUUAUGCUAUUCAUCAACUGUGAUUCAGUGCCAUAUUGUAUUAUCUACAUAAAAUUUGGCAGGGAAGAUGAGGGGAUGCCCUUCAAUUGGGGAAUGGCUGAACACAUUGUGGUAUCUGUUGGUGAUGGAAUACUAUUGUGCUCAAAGGAAUACUGAACUGAAGGAAUUCCAUGUGAACUGGAAUGACCUUCAGGAAUUGAUGCAGAGUGAGAGGAGCAAAACCAGGAGAACAUUGUACACAGAGACUGAUACACUGUGGUACAAUCAAAUGUAAUGGACUUCUCUAUUAGCAGCAGUGCGAUGAUCCAGAACAAUUCUGAGAGACUUGUGAGAAAAAACAUUAUCUACAUCCAGAGGAAGAACUGUGGGAAAAGAAACACAGAAGAAAAACAACUGCUUGAUCACAUGGGUUGAUGGGGAUAUGAUUGGGGAUGUUGACUUUAAAUGAUCACCCUAGUGCAAAAAAUUAAUACUAUGGAAAUAGAUUUUGAACAAUGAUACAUGUAAAACCCAGUGGAACUGCUCAUCAGCUUCAGGAGGGGGAAGGGAUUAGGGGAGGAAAAGAGCAUUAAUCAUGUAACCAUGGGAAAAUAUUCUAAAUUAGUUAAAUUAAAAAUUAAAAAAAAUUAAAAAUAAAUAAAAUUUAUCAGAUAACAAAUCCAUUUCUUAGGUGACUAUGGCCUCACAUACCCCUUGGUACUAUAGGUAAAAAUUGAUCCAAAUUUUCAAAGAACCAAGUAUUGGCAGUGGUGAGGAUAUAAAUUAUUUACUUUGAGAUUUUGGUUAUAAAGUGAAUGCCUUGUUUUACAACAUGUUGGAAGAAUGAGGACAUCAAUUAGUCAGACCUGAUUGACUAAGAGUUAACUCCUGAUUGAUGUUCUUGUUCAGCCACAGCCCAGAGAGAUGCCCAAGGGGCCAGUUUAUCAAGAAGGUGAGAGGAGUUCCACAUGCAGGGUCCUGCAGACUCAGUGGCAUCUAUCUGCCCUUGGUAUAAAUGUGCCUGUGGCUUCUCCUUCAGCAAUGGUACUCUCAACUCCUCAAAAUGUCUUACUAUAGAUGACCUGCUCCUGGCUCUUCUCCAACUGCUCUUAAAAAUGCUCAGGUUCUGAAUAGCUUUCGUGUUGAUUCUAGUUAGCUCCAACUGGAAUGCCAAUUACUAGAAUGAAAUAUUGAGAACAUAUCUGAAAUACUAGAUCUAAAGUUUUCUUCUUGGUAAGGUGCCAGAUAAUACAUUUCUGUCUUCAGUCACUUCCAGAAACAUGUUUUUAUGCAUCCUUCUCUAUUUUUGCUUUAAGUCUCAACAUUUAAAGAACAAAACUACCCAGUAUCACAAUAUUUUUCUGUGUAAUGUUUCACUCCAAACACAUUUCACUAAAGAAAUGCUCUACUGUUCUUCAUGUGUUCAUUUUUAGAAACUCUUCAUUUGGAUGCAGUUUAUUACUUUCUACUUUGAGCCUAAAAAUCAUUCUAUUGCCAUCUCAAUGGAUUAGAUCUCGACUUCAAAUACCUUCAUGAAAAAAGCUGACUUUCAGAAGCAAGAGUAUUUCCCCAAGAAUGCUCUCCAUUUUUAUAAUCUAGAAGCAUAAUCUCAGUUGAAUAACCACUAUUUUUCCCCUUUUAAAAAGAUGUGGAGCCUCUUUAACAUCAUUCCAUUGGAAAUUCAGAUUUAAUCUUGCACUUCUAACUGCUAAUGUAAAAUGAACAGCAAUGGUGAUAAUCUGCUUCAAUCCUGUACUUAUGUCCUGAAUUAUUCAAAGAAAAGAAAACAUUUAUUUUCUUAUUCUCCAACUAUUAUUAGAGAGCAGAGACUAGAAACACGUACACACAUAUGUAUGUGUGUGUGUAUAUAUAUAUAUAUAUAUAUAUAUAUAAUUUUUAUCUUGUAGGUAAAGAAUUUUUAUUGAAAAUCAAAUCAGUAUUCUAACAUUGUAACUAUCUGUCAGAGAAUUAUUUUUCACAGAAUGAUACAUUUAAAGAAUUUCCUUUCAAAUAUAUUAUUGAUGAAAGACUAUGUAUCUAUAUUGUAAUCAGUCACUUAUUCACAAUUGAGAGAUUUUCUGACAAUGUUAUCACUCCUGUUAUAUAAAACACUGUACUAAAUAUUAAAAAUUAGUUUAUCAGACCUUACUUGGGAAAGGUUAAUACACAUAAUCACGUGUUUUUAACCAAAAGACAAAAAAAUGUUUCUCUUUCAGCUAAUUUGCAAAAUUUGAUUUAAUUAAGUAAAAUGAAACCAAUAUUAACAGCAAUAUUUACCCCCAUCUAGGUUAUGUCCAUUAUGGAUGCCUUUUCAUGAAUCCUUGUGAUAAUCUGAGGAAAGUAAGUGUUAGUGAAAGAUAGAUUUGUAUUUCAUUUGGAAUUUCAAUAUAGCAAUCAAUCAAGAAACAUCCCAUUUGUUCUGCCCAAAACAAUGAAAUGUAUUACUUAGCUUAUAGAGCCCUUUUGCUGAACUGAAGCCAUAUUUCUGUCAGAUCAAGUGAUGGUCUAUAUGAGGGAUUAAUCUGACACCAGACAGGGAGCCCUAAUCCUUCAGUAUAUCAUAAUCUAUUUACUUUGCAUACUAAGAGGAUUUCCGUUAAAAUGUACAGGACAUAAUGCGAGUAAUGUACAUUAGAAGGACAGUUUUCCCCAAAUUUUACAUUUUUUAAUAAAAUGCUUUCAUGGCUUUCAUAGAUCUCUCUAUUGAAAAGGAAUUUGAUAAGUAUUAUGGUGCUGGUCACACUCUUAUUUAUAAAUACAGAGCUGAAUCACUACCAUAUUUUGUACCUUUUUCUUUUUUAUAUCCUAAAAGAAUACAUCUUAGAUACAAGACUUUAUUUGCUGGACCUUUUAUUGACAAGUCAAACAGAUUUCCAGUGAAUGAAUUUUUGUGGCAUUUCUCUUAAUUUUUAUGGUAAAAUCUAUAAUUAAAUCAUUGUGCAAGAGAGAAGGAUGCACAAAAAAAAUAUUGAGUGUACUUUCUCAUAAUUCAUGAAAAUGUUUGCCAUGGAAAAGAAGACAUCUGCUAAGAAAUAAUUAUUCCUUGUCUAUAAUUCUUUCACAUAUUAGAAGAAUAACAUGAUUAAAAACUUCUAUAUAAAAUACAAUGUAUAAAAUUUGAGUUUAACUUCUCACUUCAAAUUAUAUUAGCAAAUUCCAAAUUGUGAAGUUUACUAUAAUGUAAAUAGAGAACUGUGUAGUUGGGUGGUCAAAGCAUUAAGCUGCUCCAUUAAAGUAUUCCAGGUAUCCCAAAAGUCUUAGGGCAGUUUUAAGCUUUAGUAACUUCAGAAGUAUAUUGCUACGGUCCUAUAAUAACAUGAUUUGAAAUUUUUAUUAUUUGCAUUUAUGCCUAUUUUAUUUGUGAACUUUGAAUAAUAAACUUUCAUUUGAACAAGACAAA